UCUAAGGUUAUUAAAAUAUCGGUAUAAAGUCAGCAAUGUUCUUCCUUGUUGAAUAUUUUUUUCUGAAGGUGGUCAGCAUCUAUUGAAGAUUCUCUGUUGCACUUGUUUUAGUGUGGCAGAGAGUUUUCUGUUUCAAGGUUUGUGGCCUGCUACGCCAGUGGAACCAACCUUGGCAUUCACCACAAGUCUGAUGGAAUUUACCCUGGCACUUGUGAUGGAAUGCCAAGUUUCCAUUUUUGAUCUUGCGAAGGCCUUAGACUUCUACUCCCACCCUCUCAUAAAGAAAAGGAAGAUAUAUGACCAAUUUAUUGACAGCUUUGAGGAAUUCAGGUAUCAUGUAAAGGCUCUCCAGUGUUUUACUGAAAAUGAGGUUUGCCCACUCAGGCGUCCAGUUUGUCCUGCUUGUCCCAAGGAAAAUGGUAGAAUAUUCUUGUCUCUGGAUGCCUGUUUUGGGCGCACAUGCAUGAAUCACUAUUGUGAAUACUGGUACUUGUAG